AUGUCCACCGAGCCGGCCAUACGGACGGCUCAGGACGAUCUCGAGUCGCGCACCUCUAUCGACCAAACUCCCCGUGAAACUCGUCCUAGACGGUCGCGUCGCAAGAAGGACGAGGGACAGGACGCUGGGCGAAAGGACACUCCUAAACCUACCAAGUCAAAGACUAAAGAAAAGGAGAAAGAAAAAGAACCAGAGACGGGGAGGCAGAACGACAAGGAAUUAGACAAAGAAAAUCAUAAGGAUAAGGAGAGCAGGGAUAAAGAGCAGGAUCCGAAAGAGUCGAAACGCGGCAGUCGUCGCCAGAGGGACAAAUCGUCAUCAACGUCGGCCAAUCCUUCCAAUUCCUCUUCUACUCACGCUCGGAAGAAGCCUAAGUUGGAAGCAACACCGCCGGAUCAAAGUCCCAGUGUCCCGGCGACUUCUGCAACUGCUGCAGCCUCCCCCCCAGCGACGACUACUGUCACGACUAGUACUACUGCUGUUACGACAGCUGCUCCUGCUCCUGCUCCUAGCGCCGCCCCAGCUGCAGCUGCAGCUCCAGCUCCAGCUCCAGUCCAAGUUCCAAGCACCCCCGCUGCUAGCCCUCCAGCAUCGUCAGGCUCUAUUCACCUUCUCCAAUCUCACCUGCACCAGCAACAUCGAUCUCCAUUGCACCCGUCCCCCUCACUGCCACCCUCGUCUCAUCCCACUCCGCCGCCCGCGGCCCUUGGUCAUCCGUCAUCUUACCCGACGAUGGCUCCCACAGGACCUCCGCGGCCGCAAUCCCAGCCACCACCUCCCCCACCGACUAGGACCAGCGGUCAGAAUUUCGACCCCAUUCGGUCCGCCUUCGAUACAGCUUCCCCAGCCCCAACACCGGGGCCAACGUCGACCUUCAGUCCUCCGGCGCGCCCUCUCUCUCCACGCCCAACAUUCCGCGCUAGCGCUUCACCUGCUAUAGCCAGCAUAAUUGACCCUCCCACAACUACCUCACCGUCUGUCUAUGCUCCCCGUCCAUAUGCUUCUCCGAACCAUGGCGCAUCCAUAUACUCCCCUUCCCCUGCGGCUACACCAAUCAUCGCUCCGACGCCGCAUCCGCCACCUCAGCCGAUCUCGCCAUACGCCCAUCGAUCGCCCUAUCCAACCCCUUCACAAUUACAGCCAUCACACGAUUCGCAGUUAUCCGGUCAUUCUUCGUCCCAAGGCCCGCCGCCGCCACCCGCACCACCACAUCUAUCAGCAGCUCCUGAGCCUCCGGCGCCUGCACCGUCUAAUAACCAUCGCGCGCCUUCACCCGGGCCUACCCCAAUGGACGUAGAUACGGAUCAGCAUGCGGCCCCCAAAGCACCAAAAAAGGAUACCAAGGCUCCCCCCACAGCGCCUCCAUCAAACGCUGCAUCACCAAAGCCCUCUCGCGCAACCAAGGAGCCACCGCCUCCAUUACCUCAAGGCUCAGGGCUGAUCUCCAAUGCCUUGUUUGGCGUGGGCGACGCCGCGUCAACCAGCGAUUCCGAUUCUCGGCGAACGCCCAGCAUUAUAAUACACAUUCCAUUGCAAGGAACUGGCAACAGGAUUGUCAACUUCGCGCGCUUGGCCGAGGAACAAUACGGCUUUGCCGCUUUACAUCCUCGCCUCGCGGCUCACAAGGAACGACUCGCCCGUGUAGCCGCAGCGGGUGCUGCAUUAGAACGAAAUGAUAAGUCCGGUCGGGGACUCUCAGCCGGGGAGAGUGCUGAUGAAGAUCUCAGUCUCGAAGUUGAGCGUGACAGUGACUUAGAUGGAGACAGUGCGUUGGGCAGCGCAGCAGCUCGCACAAACGGGCCUGAGGCUCCAGAUGGGAAAAAGAAGCGUCGCAAGAAGAAGAUGGAAGAAUAUGACCGGGACGAUCCGUUUGUUGACGAUAGCGAGCUGGCCUGGCAGGAACAGGCCGCGGCCAGCAAGGACGGCUUCUUCGUAUAUAGUGGUCCUCUGGUGCCUGAGGGCGAAAAAGUGCAAGUAGAACGGUGA